AUGGAAUUAUUCAACUCUGCCCUCGGAAGAAACAUCACCUUUGUACGUCCUGCAUAUUUCAUAAUAAGUGGCUUUUCUGGCAUACCUCAUAUAAACUAUUACUAUAUCUUUCUCUUUUUUGUUUAUAUUGUGUCAGUGUUGGCAAACACAGCUGUGAUGGCUGUAAUAUUGUUGGACCAAAAUCUAAGAACUCCAAAGUAUGUUGCAGUUUUUAACCUUGCAUGUGUGGACCUGUUUGGGAGCACUGUGCUGGUGCCAAAGGUUCUUGACAUCUUUCUGUUUAAUCACCCCAACAUCUCCUAUAAUGACUGUAUGACAUUUCUUUUUUUCUGUUACACGUGUCUUUGUAUGCAGGCUCUUAAUCUGGUUGUUCUCUCCUAUGACAGACUGGUAGCGAUCACCUUCCCACUGCACUAUCACAUGAAGGUCACACACAGGUUCAUGUUUUGUUUGGUUGCCUUUGCCUGGGUUUUGUCUAUUUUUGUAAAUGUGAUCGUAGUGUGCCUUCUGACAAGACUUUCCAUCUGUAAAUCAGUGAUUAUUAACAGCUAUUUCUGUGAUCACGGACAAAUAUACCGUCUGGCCUGUAAUGACAACAUGCCCAGCUAUUUAGUUGCUUGUAUUGUACCAGUUCUUGUGUUUUGGCUUCCACUGGCAUUUGUCUUGUUGAGUUACUCGUAUAUCGGCUACACUUUGACUAAAGUAGCUUCAGUUAAGGAAAGAGUAAAAGCAUUUAAAACCUGCAGUGCUCACCUUUCAUUAGUAGCAAUCUAUUUCAUCCCACUUUUAAUCACAUUUACUUUAAUGGCAAAUAUUCAGCCAAAUGCCAGGAUUGUAAACCUCUCUUUGACUUUUAUUUUUCCUCCCAUGCUGAACCCAAUCAUUUAUUUUCUACAGACACAAGAAAUCAAAGAGUCUGUAAAAAGGUUGUUAAAAAUCAGAGGCCAGUCCAAAAUUGCAAAGAAAAAAAUAACCUUAGUUUGA